CAAGUCAGUAACCCGGGCGUGCGUUAUUGAUGGGCGCGGGCGGGCGGCGGUAAGUGGGUCAGAAGGGGCGCGCAGCCGCGGCAUUGCGUUCUCAGCCUCCGACCAUGGCGGACGUGCCGCCCGAAGUUCUCGAGCUCAACGUAGGCGGCGUGCACUAUGCCACUACACGUGAAACGCUGUUGCGCGAGCCGGACUCGCUGCCGGCGGCCGCGUUGCAAGAUCCCGACCAUCCUCGCGACGCCCGCGGCCGCAUUUUCUUCGACCGUGACGGUGUACUCUUCCGCUACGUGCUAGAUUACCUUCGGGACGGCGGUCUCGUUCUUCCUGAAUGUUUCCGCGAACACAAGCGGCUCGCGCGGGAAGCUAAACACUACAGACUGGCCGGCCUAGAGAACGCCGUCAGAGAUGCCGACCCGCGUCCGCCGAAUCGGGAACGAGGUUGCAUCACAGUGGGAUAUCGCGGCAGCUUUGCUUUUGGACGAGAUGGGCUGGCCGAUGUCAAGUUCAGGAAGCUGUCUCGCAUUUUGGUAUGUGGUAAAGUUACGCUGUGUCGGGACGUAUUUGGAGAGACAUUGAAUGAAUCUCGCGAUCCUGACCAUGGGUUGGCAGACAGGUAUACGUCGCGUUUCUUCCUGAAACAUUCCUUUAUUGAGCAAGCUUUCGACAUGCUCCAAGAGCAAGGUUUCAAGCUAACGGCGAGUUGUGGCAGCGGGACUGCUGGUGGAGCUGCUGAACUGAAGCCAGGUGUCGAUUCCGAAGAAAAUCGUUGGAACCACUACAACGAAUUUGUUUUUGUACGCGAAUAAUCAUCCCAUAUGAUAGAUAUCAACUGGAUAUAAAAAUCAUCUUUUUAAAAAGCGUCGAUUCGCGGUUCUUUUGAAAAUAGAAUUACGUAUGUUUAGAUGUUUAUUAACAUAUUAAAAUGCAAAAUGUAGGAUCUCUUUCAUAAUUAUUGGGACUGCAAUACAUACAUAUUAUUAUAAAUGUAUUAAAAGAGUAAUCUAUAAAGGCAGAAUUAUAGAUCUAAAAAUUAUAUUUAUUAUAAAAAAUGUUUAAUUAGAUAUAGAAUGUAGAUAAAAAAGAACCUUAAAUGUAUUCAUAUAUCAAAUAGUAAACAUAGUUAAAAUAUGUUUAAAUGUAAAAAUAUAAAAAUGUUUGUAGUUGUAAAUCUCUUCAUAGUUGUAUGCAUUGUUAAGGAAAUAUGAGCACAUUGAUUAAUAGGCCUUUAUCAAAUCUUGGUUCGGAAAAAGGAGUUGUGCGUAAAGUAAAAAUUAAUUAUAGAGGAGGGGUACGGGAAUUGAGCCUCCGGUGCUCCUACUCAAAUUAUACGCAAAAUCAUCAAGAAAUUGGUAUUCUAACCGAAUGUUAUCUAGAUUUUUGCGGUAACCACUACUAUAAUUAAUAAAAUUCUUAACUUUUAUAUCUAACUUGUUAUGUAUAAAUCAUAUUUUUCGAUUAAAUUAUAUCUAUUUGCCAAACUUUGUAUAUGUUCAAUAUAUUCUAUCGGGAAUGGUUUUAAACCGAAGUUGAUAGAAAAUAUAAACAUAUUAUUAA